AAUUUUCCUUUCUUGUUUUCCUCUCUAAGCCUUUUCCACAUUAAAGGGAUUUUCUGGGAGGCAUUCAGGAGAGCAGUGUGAAAAGAGUGCUUCCCAUUGGCUGCUCGGCUCCGAAAAAUUUGCAUAUCCGCGUCUAUUAAAGGCCCCCAGGAGACGCAGUCCGGUUUAGAAGCUGGAGAAACUGAGCCUAGCGCACCGGCAUCGCUGGCACCUCUCGGGUUAGGGCAACUAUAAGCAAUCGGCUCAUUUGCCUUGCAGAGCAUGCAUGAUCUGCACCUGGGAGCAGGAGAGUUACCCUCCCAUCUCUUCCUGCUUUAGGGGCAGACUCACUCCCUAACAGCUGGACAACCGUUUCUCCGCAUCCUCAGCCCCUUUCAGGUUAGCAAUUCAGUGCAGGUGACAUGGGUCUUGCUAGGGACGGGCGCAGCCUCGCCUUUCCGCCGCGCCUCGUCUACCUCUGCUGGCUGCUCUCGGUCACCCUGUGCAAGACGGUGAGAUACCGCACUUAUGAGGAGGACGCGCCGGGCACAGUCAUCGGCACUUUGGCAGAAGAGAUGCACGUGAAAGCGCCCGGAGAGAUAAGUUUCCGGCUGAUGGAGCAGUUCAGCAACAGCUCGCUGGUCCGGGUGCGGGAGGGCGACGGGCAGCUGAGCAUCGGCGAGGAAGGGAUCGACCGGGAGCGGCUGUGCGGCCAGUCCCUCCAGUGCGUCCUGGCUUUCGACGUGGUGAGCUUCUGGCAGGAGCAGUACCGGCUGGUGCACGUGGAGCUGGAGGUGCGGGACAUCAACGACAACGCGCCGCGCUUCCCCCAGGCGCACAUCCCGCUCGAGGUGUCCGAGAGCGCCGCGCCCGGCACCCGCCUGCCGCUGGAGAUCGCCGUGGACCCGGACGUGGGCUCCAACUCCAUCCAGAGCUUCCAGCUCUCGCGCAACAGCCACUUCGGCAUCGAGGCGCAGCCGCGGGCGGACGGCGGGAAAAGCGCCGAGCUGGUGCUGCUGCAGGAGCUGGACCGCGAGACCCAGGCCGCCUACACCCUGGAGCUGGUGGCCCGGGACGGCGGCAGCCCGGCCCGCGCGGGCACGGCCACGGUGAGCGUCCGGGUGCUGGACGCCAACGACAACAGCCCGGCCUUCCCGCAGGGCUCGGUCACGGUGGAGCUGGGCGAGGACGCGCCGCGGGGCUCCCUGCUGCUGGACCUGGACGCGGCCGAUCCCGACGAGGGGCCCAACGGGGAGAUCGUCUACGGCUUCGGCAGCCAGGUGCCGGCCGAGGCGCGGCGGCUCUUCCGGCUGGACCCGCUCUCGGGCCGCCUGACGCUGGAGGGGCCGGUGGAUUACGAGCGGCAGCGGACCUACGAGCUGGACGUGCAGGCGCAGGACCGGGGCGCCAGCCCCCUGGCGGCCACGUGCAAAGUCAUCGUGCGCCUGGCCGACGUGAACGACAACGCGCCGGGCAUCAGCGUCAGCCCCCUGAGCGGCGCCCCCGCCGGCGCCGGGGUGGCCUACGUCAGCGAGGCGGCGGCGCGCGACAGCUUCGUGGCGCUGGUCAGCACCUCGGACAGGGACUCGGGCCCCAACGGGCAGGUGCGCUGCGCCCUCUACGGGCACGAGCACUUCGCGCUGCAGCGCGCCUACGCCGACAGCUACGUGCUCGUCACCGCCGCGCCGCUGGACCGCGAGCGCAUCCCCGAGUACAACCUGACCCUGGUGGCCGAGGACCUGGGCUCGCCGCCCUUCAAGACCGUCCGGCAGUACACGGUGCGCGUGAGCGACGAGAACGACAACGCGCCGCUCUUCGCCAAGCCCGUCUACGAGGUGGCGGUGCUGGAGAACAACCCGCCGGGCGCCUACCUCGCCACCGUGGUGGCCCGGGACCCCGACCUGGGCCGCAACGGGAAGGUGCUUUACCGGCUGCUGGAGACACAGGUCCUGGGCGCCCCCAUCUCCACCUACGUCUCUGUGGAUCCGGCCACGGGGGCCAUCUACGCCCUCAGGACAUUCAACUAUGAGAUCCUCAAGCAGCUGGAGCUGAGGAUCCAGGCCAGCGACGGGGGCUCCCCUCAGCUGUCCAGCAGCGCCCUGAUCAAGGUGAGGAUGGUGGACCAGAAUGACAACGCCCCGGUCAUCACCCACCCCGUGCUCGCCAACGGCUCCGUGGAGAUCGGGGUCUCCAGCAAGGCACCCCCCGAUUCCCUGGUGGCUCAGAUCAAAGCCAGAGACGCGGACGAUGGGGUCAAUGCGGAGCUCACCUUCUCCUUCGUGGCGGAGCCGCAGCAGCAGCCAGAGCUCUUUGCCAUCAACAAGAAGACAGGUGAGAUCGUGCUCAGGGGGGACCUGUCCGAAGAGCUGGGGCAGGUGUUCAAAGUCAUCCUCACUGUGACUGACAAUGGCAGGCCCCCCCUUGUCACCACAGCCACAAUCAACUUCCUGGUGACUGCCAGGACACCCUCCAGCAGCCAUGAGGUGGCCAAGCCAAGCACCUGGGAGGAGAAGGCUUUGGAGUGGGACAUUCCCCUGAUUGUCAUCAUCAUCCUAGCUGGAAGCUGCACCCUGCUGCUGGUGGCCAUCAUCACCAUUGCAACCACCUGCAACAAGCGCAAGAAGGAGACCGACAUCAAGAACAACGGGCCCCUGAUGGAGCGGAUCGACAUCUCCCACCUAGAGAAGGGGAUCCAGGAGGAUAGCAGCCCCAGAGGGAAUGUGUUUGAAGCGCGAUCCUUUCCCAGCAAAGCUUCUUUCACCAGCCCAGCCCCUUCUCCACCUGCAGAAGAAAUCUCCUCUUCUGAGACCAGCACUGUGAAUGCCUGUCUCUACGAGGGUCAGAAACAACUUAGGGCAACUAAUGGGGAGCCCUAUGCCUCUGCUCCUAAUUAUAGCAAAGAAUCCACCCCACCUGUGGCCAUCUGGAAGGGUCAUUCUUUCAAUACCAUAUCAGCCCGAGAAGCGGAAAAGUUCAGUGGCAAAGACAGUGGCAAAGGUGACAGCGACUUUAAUGACAGCGACUCUGACAUCAGCGGGGAUGCCCUGAAGAAGGAUCUCAUCACUCACAUGCAGAAUGGAUUAUGGGCUUGUACUGCUGAAUGUAAAAUCCUGGGCCAUUCGGACCGCUGCUGGAGCCCAUCCUGUGGCCGAUCCAACCCUCACUCAUCUCCUCAUCCCUCAGCUCAGCUGUCCACCUUCUGCAAAAGCACCUCCUUGCCCAGGGACCCCCUUCGCAGGGACAACUACUACCAGGCCCAGCUGCCCAAGACAGUGGGACUGCAGAGUGUCUACGAGAAAGUAUUACACAGAGACUUUGACAGGACAAUCACAUUGCUCUCCCCUCCUCGCUCUGGGAGGCUUCCAGAACUUCAGGAGAUGGGGGUGCCCCUAUACCAAGCCCCCUCAACUAGAUACCUAGCCCCCCAGACUGACACUAGCGAGAAGAUUUAAUGCUACACGCUCCCCAUCCAAGCACACACAUACACGAACACUCCUAGGUCACUCUCAAGAGCCCUUAAGUUAUUGACCAGAUUCAGUGUUGUACAUAUAAAUAUGCAAGACGUGCCUUAAAAAUGAAGUUGUUGGGAAAGAUUUCCAAUCACAUCGAUACUGUUUGGUAUUUGCAAACAAAAAACUGUAUGUAGUUAAUGUAAUUUUUAUGAAAUGUGCAGUAUUUAAUUUUUCCCCUACCCUGUUCUUUUGCUUUUAGUUCACCUAUGGCCUGCUAUUUUUGUAGUGUUUUUAACCUGUAUAUUGUGUAAUGUAAUGUUUGUAUAUAAGGAAAAUUCGUUAUAUUUUUAUAUAAUAAAAGAUAAACAAAUUGAAAUUGUUGCCAAAGGAAUUGUCUGAAAGACACAAAAUAAUAAUAUCAUGAAUUAUUUAGAAUCAAAUAAGGGAAAUUCCUCCUUCACAGUGUAAUAAUAACCUAAGCAACCCAGUGUAUUGAGAAGUUUGCCUUGCCAACUGUGACCUGUAUUUUUUGAGUCUGUGGUCAAUUUCAAGUUAAAUGUUAUUUAAUUCCAUUUGGUUUCUGUAAUCAGUGUCACCAAUAAACACAACUAAUAAAGGUUUUGUGAUGUGUUUGAGGGGUCUGCUUGUGGAUUUCAUCCUUCAAAGAUUACAGCCCUCUACAGGUAAACAAAAUCCAUUUCUAU